GCAUCACCAAAAUAUUUUGGAUUACAACCAGUGGCCAAAUAUUUUCAACUUUAAAUGACGUUAUAACUCUAUCCUUCAUCAAACUACAGAUACAACAGAUAAAGAUAGACAAUGUUAUCGACAGUGGUGGCAUCAAGUUCAGUGGCACCAAGUGUGGUGGUGGCCAGACGUUUGUUACCAUUAAUUAUAAAUACAUCAGUAAGAAGCUUCACUAAUCAAUCAUUUGGUAGUGGCAAUAAUUCAGGUAGUGGGAAUGGAGGAUUCAAUAAUUAUGUUCCAUCCACUUUAAACUUCUUUCAAAGAGAACAAUUACCCACUAAUACUAUUAUUCGUUUUGUUCCUCAACAAACUGCUUGGAUUGUGGAAAGAAUGGGGAAAUUCCAUAGAAUCUUGCCUCCUGGUUUAACUUUUUUAAUUCCAUUUUUAGAUAAAGUUUCUUAUGUUCAAUCAUUAAAGGAAUCAGCCAUUGAAAUCCCAAGUCAAAACGCUAUUACUAGUGAUAACGUUUCCUUAGAAUUGGAUGGAAUCUUAUAUAUUAAAGUGAUUGAUGCUUAUAAAGCAAGUUAUGGAGUUGAAGAUUUUAAAUUCGCUAUAAGUCAAUUAGCUCAAACUACCAUGAGAUCUGAAAUUGGGUCUAUGACUUUAGAUUCAGUAUUAAAGGAAAGACAAUCAUUAAACAUUAAUAUUAAUCAAGUUAUAAAUGAAGCAGCUAGAGAUAAUUGGGGAGUAGAAUGUUUAAGAUAUGAAAUUAGAGAUAUUCAUCCUCCUCAAAAUGUAUUGGAUGCCAUGCAUAGACAAGUAUCAGCUGAAAGAUCUAAAAGAGCUGAGAUUUUAGAAUCUGAAGGUACAAGACAAUCUAAAAUUAAUAUCAGUGAAGGGGAAAAACAAUCAGUAAUUUUAAAUUCUGAAGGUCAAAGACAAGAUCAAAUAAAUAGAGCCAAUGCUGAAGCUCAAGCUAUCUUAUUAAAAUCAGAAGCUACUGCUGAAGGGAUUAGAAAAAUCGCUAAAGCUAUAAAUGAAACUCCAGGUGGUGAACAAGCUGUCAGUUUACAAGUUGCUCAAGAAUAUAUUAAAGAGUUUGGUAAUAUCGCUCAAAAGACAAAUACAGUGGUGGUUCCUUCUAACUUGGGUGAUCUUGGAAGUUUGAUGGCUUCAGGAUUAUCAAUUUACAAAGGAUUGAAUAAGACUUUUGAAAAUGCUUCUAAAAAGUAAGUAAAUUGUUGAGUAAAUAAAUGUGUAUAUAUAUUUAAAAAAAUAUAAAAGUGGCCUAUGAUGCCCGUUUAAAGAAUCCAUCUAAUGCCCCCUUACCAAUGGCCACUUUCUUAACUGGUUUCUUUUUAGAUGCUGCUGUGGUGGCUGGUUUCUUGGUAUUAGUAGAAGCAUUAUGAGUUGAUUGUACUAUAGAUUGUAAAUUAUCUUCAAUGACUUUUAAAUUCUUUUGAUUAGAAGAUAACGUUUGUAAAUAAUCAUUCAAUGGUUUGAAGUCGUAUUUAAACUGGUCGAUCAAAGUCUGUUUGAAUUGAUCCUUCUCAUCAUUCAAAUAUGAAUCAAUUAUGAAAUCAAU